AUAAGUAUUUAUACACUAUAAAAACCUAUUCGGAAAAAAGUUGAACAUUGCUUAUAAUAUCAACACCACAACAUAGGUAUCGAUACUUCUACUUCUAAUUUCACCCAAUGGUUGGGCGCUUAGGCCUACAACAUCAAAAAAGCCCGUGCUUGCCCACAACCACAACCACAACUGGUGAGUUGGACUUUUUUGUGAUCGGUUGAGUUGGGCCUUGGUUGUGGUUGUAACCAAGGGCUCAAGCGAACGGUUGUCGACUCUUGGGCUUAACAAUCAACAACUGCAUGAGUAGACCCAAACAACCGAGGCCCUUUUUUUUUUUUUACUUUUUUGUAAUUUUUUUUCCAUUUCCUCACAAUCUCACCAUAUUUCAUGUUAUCCCGCUUAAUUCUACUGCCCAAAUUGUGCCCAAAUCGCUUUAGCCACCUCUUGUUAGACUUUUAGGGCAAAUUAAUAAUUUAGCAACUAAAAAUCCUUAGUAUAAAACUGAAAGUAAACCUAAACCUAAACAAAGCAACCAUUUUCAUCUUUCUUUUUUCUCUAUUCUCUUAACUUCCAACUCUCCCUUUCUCUUGUAUCUAUCUAGUUAACAAAGAAAACCUUAACCCUAAAAUGAAUCCAUUUGUUUUGAUGAUAAUAUUUGCUUGUGUUAAGUUCAUUUUUUAUCUAAAGUGUAGUGUGAUUAUCUUAUUGUGUUCACAUGGAGAUUAAUGGUGAAGAGCAUCAAUCAAUCAAUUCAAAUGUAAGCUUUUAGCUUGGAUCUGUUUUGAGUUAAUAUGUUUUUAGAGAUCAUAUCUAUUUUUGUGUUGCUAGCUACUUUGUUUCUAUGAAAACUAUUUACUAGAAGUUGUGGUUUUGAAAAUUGUUUGUGUUGAUUAAGCAAAAGGAUAAAGAGGCAACCAGUGACAAAGAAGAUGAGAAGAACAUUGACAAAAUUGAUGGGAAAGUAACAAAAAGGAAGGGGAAGGAAAUUAAGAAACAAGAUUUACAACAAAGUUCAAAAGUAUGGGAACAUUUUACCAAGUUUGUGGAUGAUAAAGGAAAGCUACGUGUAUGCAUUGUAAAAAGGUUCUAUGUGCUAACUCAAGGAAUAAUGGGACUGAAACAAUGAAAAAUCACAUAAUAAUCUGUAAAUUGAAUCCUAAAAGCUUGAAAAAUCAAAAGCUGCUUGGUUUGGGUAGGUUUUAUAGUGUUGAUGAUGGUGAAGGGCAUGAUGUCACUAAACUUACCACUUGGAAAUUUGAUCAUAAUGCUAUGAAAAGGGAUGUAGUUGAAAUGAUAAUCAUUGAUGAGUAUCCCUUUAGCAAUAUAUAGAUUAGGAUUCAAAAAAUUCACUAUAAUAGCUUUGCCCCCUUAUUUCAAGCUCCCUUUUAGAAGAACCAUGACCAAGCUUUGUUACGAUAUAUAUGUUGAUGAAAAGGUAGUUCUUAAGAAUUACUUCAAAGAGUCCAAGCAAAGGGUCUCCUUCACUACUGAUUCUUGGACCUCACAGCAAAGAGUAUCAUUUAUGAGCUUGACUGCUCAUUAUAGUAAUAAGAAUUAGAAGCUACAUAAGAAGAUACUUACUUUUUGUCCUGUCAAUUCUAAUAAAGGAGAAGAUUUGGGUGAUUUAAUUAAAUUAUGUUUGAUGGAUUGGGGAAUUGAUAGAGUGAAUGCCAUGACUAGUGAUACUACCUCUACUAAUGAUAGCAUUGUGAGAGUGGUUAGAAAGGCCAUAAAUGAGUGGGGGACUAUUAUCUUAGGAGGGUUUAAGCUACAUAUGAGGUGUGUAGCCCAUAUGAUCAAUUUGAUUGUGCAAGAUGAGGCCAAAACAAUGAACACUUCCAUCAAUAUAGUUAAAGUUGCUAUUAAGUUUAUUAAGCAAAGUCCCCAAAGGAUUCUAAGGUUCAAAGAAGUUGCUAUUAUUGAGAAACUUAAUAGCAACAAGCUAAUGAACAUGGAGACACCAACCAAGUGGAAUUCUUUGUACCUAAUUUUAGAGAUUGUGGAGAAGUAUGAACUAGCAUUUGAGAGGUCAGUUUUUAAACAAAUUAAUUAUUAUUUUCUACUUUUCCUUUAUAAUUUUAGAUUAUUCUACUUAUUUUAUAUUUAUUAUUUUAUAAAGGCAUUCAAGGAUGGUUCAAUUCAAGCCCUAAUACUCUUGGUUGAAUUAUUUAUGAACCUGAAUUCAAUUCACACCCUAAUGCUCCUGGCUUCCCAUCAUGCAUUGAUUGGGAAAACAUUAAAAGGUUGAUUAAGUUAAUGGAACCCUUUUACUUUAUCAUAAAAAUAGUUUUAGGAACUUUAUACACCACUCCUAACUUGUAUUUCCCAGAGAUUUGUGAAAUGAAUGGCAUUCUUCAAG